AUGUCAUCUCAAGUUCAAAACUCAGCUCCUAUCGAGCUCCCGGCACUUCCAGCGGAUCACGUGGACUGGAUCUCGCAUGUCGUGAGCCACCAAGAUACACCGUUGCGUGAGCUGAUCGCUCCUUACAAAGAAUACGACUCGAAACUGCGCGAGAUCUUCGCGCAGCAGCCCGAGCAUGCCGCAAUCGCAACGCCUCAUGUGGUUCCUGUUUUCGCAGGCCGUGAAGAGGAACUCAAGAUCCGGGCCCGCAACAUCACCACCGAGUCGGAUGCUGAAUGCCAGUGCUAUCUCAUGCCUCUCAAUAAGAAUGACCGCAGAACCAACGGUGCGCCAGCAGUGGUGCAGUCGCUGAAGGAGUUCCAGACAAACUUCCAGCUAUUCUCCGAGUCUGCUCUAGUCGACAUGGACUGGUCCAACGUUGUGGUUGCAGGAAGUGCUGUUGUUACUUCUUUGUUACCUGUCCCGGAGAAACACGGCGGAUCUAAGCGUGCUCUUCGCGAGUAUUAUCACCAGCAACUUGCACCAGCCUCGGAUGUCGACCUCUUCCUCUAUGGUCUCACAGAAGAACAAGCCAUUGAGAAGAUCAAGCAGAUUGAGCAACGCAUCAAAGACUCCAUCCUGACAGAGACCACCACUAUCCGCACCAAGAAUGCCAUCACCAUUGCUUCACAGUACCCGACACGUCACGUCCAGAUCGUGCUACGUUUAUACCGUUCGAUUUCAGAGAUCCUUACUGGCUUCGACGUCGACUGCUCCUGUGCUGCAUAUGAUGGAUCCCAAGUCUAUGCCAGCCCUCGUGCACUGGCUGCCUACAUGACUCAGGUCAACACAAUUGACUUGACCCGCCGCUCCCCUUCAUACGAGAAUCGCUUGUCAAAGUACUCUAGAAGGGGAUUUGAGGUCUACUGGCCAUUGCUUGAUCGCUCGAGGAUCGAUCCCACAUUGUUCGAGCGUUCUUUCGGUCGCACUCUGGGCCUUGCUAGAUUGCUCGUCCUGGAGAAGUUGCCAAAGAACACAGAUCGCGAGGCAUAUGUCGACCAACGACGCGCCGAGCGCGGCCGACCCGAAAUUAAUCGAUGGUCUGCGCGCAGUCUGCAGGGUAACAUGAAAGAAGAACACGGCGAUGAAGUUGCAGAAUGGGUCGAGACUGACGAAGUCAGCGACUACCACACCUUCACCAUUCCGUACGGGCCCAAGUAUCAUGCGCGCAGGAUCGAGAGACUACUCUAUGCCAAAGAUCUGCUUCUCAACGCUGAGUGGAAUCGUCCAAAGGAGCGUGAGACUGCACUUCAUCGGCAUCCAGCCUUCUUUGGCAACGCCACCGAUGUCAUUGGUGAUUGCUGUGGAUACUGCCCUGAGGCAGUGACACUUGAAGACAAGGAGAUUGCAGAAGAAGAGAGCAAAAUCUACGUCUCCGGUGAAUUGUCUUUCAUCAAGGAUAACCCUGGACGACAAACCAUCGGCUCGUUCCAUCCUAUUACCGACGAUGACUGGACAGAGAUGGCAUAUGUUGGAAAUACAGCAAGACUGUGCCAGGCCAUUGUCGAUGGUGACGUGGAACACGUCCAAGACUGGCUGAGCCAGGAAGGCGCAAACCCCAACAGGCGUGACUAUACUGGACGUACGCCACUUCACCUCGCUGUCAUGACAUCUACGCCAGAGGUAGUGCAGACCCUGAUCAAUGGAGGUGCUCGACUUGUAGCAAGAUUAGUCGACGGCAAGACGGCCUUACAUCUCGCCGCCAUGCGUGGCGAAGUCGAGAUGGUCAAGUCGAUCCUCAUCAAGAGCGAAGCCAAUGAAGAGCUGGAAGCGGAGAAAGCAGCGCUCAAGCGCGGAACCUCGAAGUCAGACAAGAGUGACGCUGAGACAAUGGCAGAUGCUGAGUCACCUGCCAAAGAAAACGAUGCCGCGCAAGAGUUCCAAGAAGACGAUGAUGAAGAUGGCGAAGACAGCGAUGUGGACAUGAUGGACAACGAGUCUGAGAAUGCGGAUGCCACGACCGAAGGAUCGAUGAUCAAAAUCGAUCGCAAAACUCUGGCCGACGACCACGAUGAUAUGCCAGACAAUACCGAUGACAACGAGCCUGAUGUCUACGAUGUUGAUGUUCUCGCAUGGGAUGUUCCAGUAUCCGCGCUGCACCUCGCUAUUGCAAAUGGCCAUGUUGAUGUUGUCAAAGCUCUCGUGCAGGAAUUUGGCGCCGAUGUGCUUCUUCCGAUAAAGCUUGUCAAUACUCACAAUAAGUCGGCAAGGGCAGCGAUUCUUCCCAUCGUCCUUGCGGUCCAGCUUCCGAUAGAACAGGCCAAGAGAAUGACAGAACUUCUUAUCAGCCUCGGUGCGUCCCCUGCUCAGGCCGACAUUGAUCAUGUUACUGCUCUGCAUUACUUCACUGCGCAAGGAGCGGACUUGAUGAAUACCAUGAUCUCGGCCAACCGCCCUGCUGCACAGCGAGCUGUGAAUCAUCUGUCGAUUCCUGGACAAUCACACAGCUCGUGGACGAAAGGUGCACUCCAAACAGCCAUUGAAAACCGCGAUAAUGAAGCGGUUGAGGCUCUUUUGGAACUAGGAGCAAAGGCUCACGUCGAUUUUGGCACCUACAUGGCUUCCUAUAAGAUGACGCGGGAUGCCCGAGGAUCUUCAGAGGAGAACGAGAGGGAAUUCCGACGCUCAUUCACGCAACCAGUAUUGACCGCAGUUGACACCGAGAUGACUUCUCUUGUAUUGACGCUCCUCGACGCAGGUGCUGACGUGAAUACUCUGACAACAAAUGCCUGGGAUGCAGUGCAGGGUCAGAGCUACUUCCAGCGUGAAAACAUACACACUCUUUUGGAUGUGGUCCGACACAAAAUGAAAAACAUGAAACAGCUUUUGGAUACCGGGAAAGACCCGAUUGAAGAUCGAUAUGCUAGCUACAAUCAAUUUCCGCCGGUACCCCUCAAGGAUGAUGCAGAAUACUUUGACGGCUACAGUCCCGAAUCAUACGCUCAUCUCUGCCUAGCGAUGCAGCUUGAGGAUGCUAAGAAAAGAUAUGAGCGUGACUUGGAGCACUACAAUUCAUGGUUGGAGUCGAAGAAGAAGCCAAAGGGCACUGCAGAAAAGAAAGCAGCUGUACAGGCGCUGUUCUCCGAAUUUGAGGCUUUGGAAAGUCAGCUUCUUCAGAGAGGCGCGAAGACCUUCAAGGACCUCUACCCGGACGUCGAAAUCAAAGAAAGUCGUUCUCAUGAUUACUACAACAGCAAUUACCAGCCUGAUCCGCCUAAAGCAUGGGCCCCUCUGCUCUCCUUCUGGGUCUCAGACAUGACUGAUGAAAGGAGAGAUGCCUACAUCAAAUUGUUCCAAGCAUGCUGGGAUGCGGACUUAUCUACCAUCAAGGAGCUGACCCUGGCAGUAUGGGGAGACAACCAGAGUCCCCUAGAAAUUGCUGUUCAGGACUAUCAGAACCACUCGCCGUUUUCCAUCGCCGUACUUCGCAAGCAUUUUGAUGUCGCUCGAGCUAUUCUGGAGAUUGCGCACGCGCAAUAUGCACCCGAAGAGACGAAUGGGCAUGUCAAACACAGUAUGCAGCCUAUCGAUGAGGACAACGAUGAUUCUGAGGUCGACGAUGAUGACGUCCAAAUCUACUCCGAGAUCGUGGACAACCGGUUCACGAUAGAGAACAUUGGAGAAGUUCAGAGCCAGGUAAAGAGCAAUGUCAAACCGCUAAGGCUUGUGUCAUGGAACUGCCCAGUGUGGAGGUUCUUGGAAGGGGGCGAUUCAUCACCACCAUCAACACCACAGCGUCAUGCUUUGAGCGACUAUCAGGACCAAAUUCAUCGCUACUUCUCACAGGGAACGGUCAGCAGUGGUCGUUCUCCUAGCCCGGUGCUCAAGUAUGCAAGAAACGGUCAUAAGCUUGCCAACGAGCAUCUACCAGAUGUGCUUAAACCGGAAAAUCUCUUUCAACUUGCCAUCCUGGUGAAAGACUCGGAACUGCUUCACUUCCUGAUUGCAAUGGGAGAAGACUGCACCAUUCGCAAAGCCGGAGCUGCCGAAGACACAGCCGCUAAAUUCUUCCAUUUCGACGAUGCGGACUUUUUGUACGCCAUUCGUCUUGGCCGUGUAGAGUUGUUGAAAGAGAUCAUCAAGCGAACUGGAUCGGGCAUACCUUUGGACGAUCUGGUGAAGAGGAGUGGUGUUACUAUUCAAGAGAAGCCAAGGUUCUACCAGGGUCUUUCUGUACAUGGCCGAAAGCGAGCAGACUGGGCUAACGCUGGGCGAGAUGUACAAAGCCAACCAGUCGGUGCUAAACACCCGCCUCUGCUCCAGGCUGCACGAUUGGGCAGCUUGGAAAGCGUCGAGUGGCUCUCUAGCGACAGUGUGCUACGUUGCUACUCGGAGUUCAUCGAUAACCAUCGAGACGACAUCCGCAUUCAGAAUCUGGCGAAGACAAAGGGUGGAUCAGAAGCUGUGAUCAGUAAAUGGCUCAAUCUGCGCUCGCAUCUGUUAAUUCAUUGCGUCGUCCUAGGCAAGACGGACGAUGAAUCACUGCAACUACUCAGGCAUCUCUGCAAAUCCCACCCUGAAAAACUUGAGCAUCGCUCUGCCAGUGGUAUGACGCCUCUGCAUCUUGCGUUCCGGCUACACCGCGUCGAUAUGGUCAAGGUUCUUGUAGAAGCCGGCGCCCAGCAAACCUGCCGCAACCGCGCUGGAGACAACAUCCUCCACUCUAUACUAGCACACUGCAACGACCCAAACGAAGAAAGGCUCGCACGUACCCGCAAACUUCUCGACCUAGUAGACCCGCUCCUUCUACCAAGCCUCUUCGAAGAACGCACCAACGAUGCUCCCGGCGCCGCAACUCCCCUCGCCCGCUGGCUCCACACCGCCAACACCGGCUCCAGUAACUAUCAAAGCCAAGGUAAUCAACGCAUCCUCUCCAUGAUGCUCGAACUCAGCAAGGGCAACGAUCUCAGCAUCAUCAGCGGCGAAGGUGACACGCCGCUGCACGUCGCCACGCGCCACAACGCCGAAGCCCAUCUGCGCAUGAUGCUCAACUGCCGCCCCGAAUUGCUAUUCCGUGAAAACGCAACGGGCCGCACGCCGUAUGAAAUGGCCGAAGAUGCGUUCUUGAACAAGCGGGUGUUCAACGACCCGCCGGCGCUGACGGCUAAUCAUGAUCCCAAUGGCAUGCGUAGGCGGCGGCCGCGUGGGCGUACGCCUUUCGUGGGCGUGAUGAAGCGCCGGGCUUGCGAGUUUGUUGACGAGUCGGAGGUGGUUGACGCGAGUGAGAAGGUGUGGGAGCUGUGUAAGGAGGUCAAGGGGAGGGUGAAGGGGGUUAAAAGAGGGCUUGUUAGUCUUGUGGAGGCGAAUGAGGUAGCGAAGAGGUUGGCGGCGAAGAGGGGGAGCAGGGGUGUGGAUGUGGAGGAGGAGGAGGAGAAGGAUGAGGAUGAAGAUGAGGAGAAGGAUGAGGAUGUUAAGGGGGAUGAGGUAGAUGUGUGGUUUUGGAUGGGAUAUAACCUUGAGCCGUAG